CUGGCGGCCAUCUUGGUUGUGGGCUGACGGCAGCGAGGCUGCGCCUGCGCAAUGGCUCUUCCGUACAGGCGGUCGCGGCUGUGGCGGUACGGAGUUGAGAGGGUGGUUUGGUGUCGGCCGCCACCAUGACCCAGGCCGAGAAGGGCGACGCGGAGAACGGGAAGGAGAAAGGCGGGGAGAAAGAGAAGGAACAGCGCGGCGUGAAGCGGCCCAUCGUGCCGGCGCUGGUGCCCGAGUCGCUGCAGGAGCAAAUCCAGAGCAACUUCAUUGUUGUCAUACACCCAGGUUCGACGACUUUAAGGAUUGGCCGGGCCACGGACACGCUGCCUGCCAGCGUUCCCCAUGUUAUCGCCCGAAGACACAAGCAGCAGGGGCAGCCGCUCUACAGGGACAACUGGCUCCUCCGAGAGGGACUCAAUAAACCUGAAAGUAAUGAACAAAGACAGAAUGGCCUUAAGAUGGUGGAUCAAGCAAUAUGGUCUAAAAAAAUGUCCAACGGCACCAGGCGGAUCCCGGUGUCCCCUGAACAGGCACGCUCCUACAAUAAGCAGAUGCGACCUGCGAUUUUAGAUCACUGUUCUGGAAACAAGUGGACAAAUACGUCUCAUCACCCUGAGUAUUUGGUGGGAGAAGAGGCCUUGUAUGUCAACCCGCUGGACUGCUACAACAUUCACUGGCCCAUCCGGCGAGGGCAGCUGAACAUCCACCCCGGCCCCGGGGGCUCCCUCACAGCUGUCCUGGCAGAUAUUGAAGUCAUAUGGUCGCACGCAAUUCAGAAAUACUUGGAAAUCCCACUGAAAGAUUUAAAGUAUUAUCGUUGUAUUUUGUUAAUUCCCGAUAUCUACAAUAAGCAACAUGUGAAAGAAUUGGUGAAUGUGAUACUGAUGAAGAUGGGGUUUUCAGGGAUUGUGGUUCAUCAGGAGUCAGUGUGUGCCACCUUUGGGAGUGGCUUAAGUAGCACGUGUAUCGUAGAUGUCGGGGACCAGAAGACAAGCGUGUGCUGUGUGGAGGACGGGGUGUCCCAUCGCAACACUCGACUCUGCCUGGCGUAUGGGGGCUCUGACGUAUCACGCUGUUUCUACUGGCUCAUGCAGCGGGCCGGCUUCCCUUACAGAGAGUGCCAGCUGACCAAUAAGAUGGACUGCCUCCUCCUGCAGCACCUCAAGGAGACCUUUUGCCACUUAGAUCAGGACAUCUCGGGACUUCAGGACCAUGAGUUCCAGAUCCGACAUCCGGAUUCUCCUGCCCUGCUUUACCAGUUUCGGUUAGGAGACGAGAAGCUCCAGGCACCAAUGGCUUUGUUUUACCCAGCGACGUUUGGAAUCGUUGGACAGAAGAUGACAACCUUGCAGCACAGGUCCCAGGGCGACCCUGAGGACCCUCAUGACGAGCACUACCUGCUGGCCACGCAGAGCAAGCAAGAACAGUCAGCAAAAGCGACCGCUGACCGCAAGUCUGCCUCCAAACCCAUCGGAUUUGAAGGGGAUCUUCGUGGGCCGGCCUCUGAACUUCCGGAGAGGCUUCACUCCCAGGAGGUGGACUUGGGCUCCUCCCAGGGAGACUGCCUGAUGGCCGGCAAUGACUCCGAGGAGGCUCUCACAGCACUGAUGUCCAGGAAGACGGCUGUCUCACUGUUUGAAGGGAAGGCCCUGGGGCUCGACAAAGCCAUCCUGCACAGCAUAGACUGUUGCUCAUCCGACGACACCAAGAAGAAGAUGUACAGCUCCAUCCUGGUUGUGGGAGGAGGCCUGAUGUUCCAUAAAGCUCAAGAAUUCCUGCAGCACAGGAUUCUCAACAAGAUGCCACCUUCCUUCAGGCGCAUCAUUGAAAAUGUGGACGUGAUCACAAGGCCUAAGGACCUGGACCCCCGGCUGAUUGCCUGGAAAGGGGGCGCAGUGCUGGCCUGUCUGGACACCACGCAGGAGCUGUGGGUCUAUCAGCGGGAGUGGCAGCGCUUCGGAGUCCGCAUGCUGCGAGAGCGGGCUGCCUUCGUGUGGUGACAUGGGAUGGCAUCGGCCCUGGCCACGGCCGGAGAUAAGGCCCUCAGUGUGAAGGACUCUGACAGAAGGUGGGGACUCUAAUUUAUUGACUGAGAUGCUCAUCUUCACAGCAACGACACAGUUGUUGGUCUGCAAUCGUAAGCUCUUUCUGUAGUCAGGUGUUUCAGAAUGAAUAGGAUUGUACUCCUCAGGAGAAGCCUCCUGCCCUCACAGGAGCCUGUGCUGCUGGAGAAGCCUCCCGAUGCAGGACGGCCCCUCCUGCCAGCAGAGCUGCGAGCAUGGCAGCCGCAUGCAGCAGGACGCGGCUGUGCCCUCGAGGACUGGGCAGGCCCCCUCGCCUCUGCCCAGGAGAGCAGCUGGAGGCUCUGUCGCCCGAGUUAGAGUGACGUGAGCCCUCAGAAUUCUAAACAGGAGAAGACUCUGGUUUUUCUGUUUUUGUUGUAUUGCAAGAGAUUGGGACCCUUCA